GUGUAUGUGAAUGUUUAAUUUUUCAAAAUAAUGCCAAACUGUGAACAAAGUCAUUGCUGUAACUUGUAUCCCACCAGCAUAAAAUCUCUCAUUGAUCCAUAUCCUUUUCAACAUUAACUGUUGUCAGACUUUAAAGUUUUUUAAUAUGUUCAGUCUUCUUGACGUAGUCAUCUUUUUUAGGAGUAAAAUAAUUUUAAUUUUUUAAAGGUAUUAAACUAAAAGUGUAGGUAGAGCAGCUUGGUUCUACACUGAGUUAUUGUGAUUGGUGGGUCAGUUGGGUAAAUCGGCGUGCAUAAAUUCAACGAUUAUUUAUUGAUUGUUAUGUAAUAGAUAUUGUGGACAUUUAAAAAACAUGUUUUAAAUACAUGUGCAGAUUUUACUUUUUAAAUUUGAAUAACAUAGAUUACAGUUUGAAAAUAGUGUGUAAAGGCAAAUGAAAACUUCAUUAAACUGAUAUGUCCUGGGAGGCACAGUGUACCGUUUACUUUCCCAAUUGGUGGAUAGCUUUCUCUUGUCGUGGGAUCUGAAAUUUAGGAAGAAUUAAUAGUAGUAUAAUAUAGUGGCCAUAAACUUGAAUAGACAUGCUUUUCAAUUUACUCCAUAGAAUGCUUCCAUUCUAAGUACAGUGCCUGGGUUAUUAAAAUGGAUAAUUUCAGUGGCAUGGGAACUUCAGGUCCACACUAGGAAGCAUAACACACAUGAAGCAAACAGCCAUUGUAAGCAUGAUCAUUUCAUAAAUGCUUGACCUCUUUGAGGGCUAAAGUAAGCUUAUGUAACAGUUAGAGCUCAUAUCUUGAUAUACAAGAUUUCCAAUGUUGCUUUUUCCCCAACAGAAUUGAUAUAUAAUGAAAGGUACCUGUGCCAGGUACAUGUGUAUGUUAGAAACUUUCUCACCAACUUAAAAUCUUUUCCAGGUGUAUCGCAUUUAAAAAAAUGUGUAUAGCAUUUUAAAAUCUUAUAUUCUCAUUGGUUUAUAUAAAAGAGAUUUAAAAUAUUGUGUCUGCAGUCUUAUUUGUGAGUUAUUUCUUAGUAUGCGCAAGAGAGUCAGCUAAAGUGGUCUUGCUGAAAACAAAUGGCAAAAAUGCCUUUCAAACGAAAAACAAGUAUGUUGGCUCAACUUAAGGGAAAUUUUCACAUUUGCAGUAUAAGAUUCUUUACAGUACUUUCAGUGCUGUUUUCUCUAAUUGAUGGCCCUUUAGUUAUUUCGUUUAAAGAAGAUUGUGCAUUACCGGAUUACUUGUCAACUGCUAAAAUAAUUCUUAUUUGUAAAUCUAGUAUCUAAAGCUAUGGAGACCUUAAGUUAUAACUUUUUCCCCUUAUUGCAUAAAUAAUAGAAGUUCGUUGUAACAAAUCUGUAGAACGAAACAAAAACUUACAAGGGAACCUUAAUUCUACUAUCCAAAGAUAGCCACUUCCCAUAGUUACAUGAACUAUAUGAACAUCACUUUAGAAUUGCAUUUCUACUAUGUACUUUUUAAACUUAAUGUCAGUGGAAAAGACAAAUAAACAUAGCUGAAACACAAAAAAGGUGUGUCCUCAUUCAAUACUCUGAAAGUGAUAAAAAUUUCAUCUGACAUUCAAGAAACAUUGAUGAAAGAUCUACUAUAAAGCAGAUACCGUGACACUUAACAGGAUCCUUUUUAAACUGGCUGCAGUUCUUUUCUGAAUGUCCAGAGAUUUGGGUAGUACAGGGAUGUACUUCUUCAGUGCUGCUCACCAGCAUUACAAGGGAUUAUUGAUUACCUAAAUUCACAGGAUGAAUAACAACUUUUUAGAAGUUAAAAAUUUUUUAUUAAACCUUUAUAGUCUAGAUAGGACAUCAGGUUAGAAAAUAUUUGGUGUAGUGAUAAUGUUCAAGACUCUGUGAGGGCUUCUUUAAGUGAUCAUAAAGGUGAACUCAGUUUGCAUCUAGAAUGUGCUCCUUAGUAGUUUUGCAACCUACAAAGAAACACCUGUUGUACUUUGAUUGCCCUGAAACUGCUAAACUGUGUGAUGUGUGGCUUUUUUUUUUAAAUCUUACAGUCAAAUUUUACUUUAGUGGGGAAGAAAAGAAAGAUGGUAACUACUCAACCUUCCAUACAGAACAACAAACAGGGUUUUGAGUCACUCUACCACUUUGUGAUGGUGGUCGCUGUAUAUGGAACUUUAUCUGAUUUGCUUUCUGUGGCCAGCAAUAAACUCGGCAUAAAAGCCACCAGUGUGUAUAAUGGGAAAGGUGGACUGAUUGAUGAUAUUGCUUUGAUCAGGGAUGAUGAUGUUUUGUUUGUGUGUGAAGGAGAACCAUUUAUUGAUCCUCAGACAGAUUCUAAAGUACCUGAAGGGUUGUUAGGAUCUCACACAGACUGGCUAACAUUAAAUGUUGGAGGGCGGUACUUUACAACCACACGGAGCACUUUAGUGAAUAAAGAACCUGACAGUAUGCUGGCCCACAUGUUUAAGAACAAAGGUGUCUGGGGAAAUAAGCAAGAUCAUAGAGGAGCUUUCUUAAUUGACCGAAGUCCUGAAUACUUUGAACCCAUUUUGAACUACUUGCGUCAUGGACAGCUCAUUGUAAAUGAUGGGAUUAAUUUAUUGGGUGUGUUAGAAGAAGCAAGAUUUUUUGGUAUUGACUCAUUGAUUGAACACCUAGAAGUGGCAAUAAAGAAUUCUCAACCACCAGAGGAUCAUUCACCAAUAUCUCGAAAGGAAUUUGUCCGAUUUCUGCUAGCCACUCCAACCAAAUCAGAAUUGCGUUGCCAGGGUUUAAACUUCAGUGGUGCUGAUCUUUCUCGUUUGGACCUUCGAUACAUUAACUUCAAAAUGGCCAAUUUAAGCCGUUGCAAUCUUGCCCACGCUAAUCUCUGCUGUGCAAAUCUUGAACGAGCUGAUCUCUCUGGAUCAGUGCUUGACUGUGCAAAUCUCCAGGGAGUCAAGAUGCUCUGUUCUAAUGCAGAAGGAGCAUCCCUGAAACUGUGUAAUUUUGAAGAUCCUUCUGGUCUUAAAGCCAAUUUAGAAGGUGCUAAUCUGAAAGGUGUGGAUAUGGAAGGAAGUCAAAUGACAGGAAUUAACCUGAGAGUUGCUACCUUAAAAAAUGCAAAGUUGAAGAACUGUAACCUCAGAGGAGCAACUCUGGCAGGAACUGAUUUGGAGAAUUGCGACCUGUCUGGGUGUGACCUUCAAGAAGCCAACCUUAGGGGUUCCAAUGUGAAGGGCGCCAUCUUUGAAGAGAUGCUGACACCACUACAUAUGUCACAGAGUGUCAGAUGAGAAUCCUAGGACUGGAGGAAGAUGCCGAAGACGAAAAAUGUUUUCCGUGUCACUUUUCUUUCUCCAUCCACUCAGUUGUCUAGAAGAAGUAACACUGUAAGGAAAUUUUUAAAAAAACACAAAACAUUUAGAGGAUUAUGCUUGUUCUCAGAGGUGCAUAAGGGGAAAAAAGUGACUUUUUUUCCACAUUCUGAUUUUAACAGAAGCACUCAUUUUAAUAGAUGUGGGGAAGCUAGAUUAGAUUGCUGCCUUUUGAGUGGAGUAGGGGAUCUGCCUGGCUUUGUGACCAGGAAUAGUAUCUAUUAUAUUUGCUUUUGAAUAGGGAUGAUGUGGAAAUACCAUCUUGGUUUGAAAUGCAUUUGAGGACUUUAAUUUAUGAAAAGCACAACAUAUGCAGUUAUAUUUAUUGAAUCUGUAGAUGCAGUAUGGAUAUUUAAAUUGUUAAACUUUAUGACAAUUUUGAAAAGGUUGUUCAGGUUUAUAAAUAUCAAUAGCUUUAGGGAUGCCUGCCCUACUUUAAAUACCCAUCACACCAUGUGAAUAUGGUGAGAUCAGACUCCCCAAGGCUCUCUUUUCAGGUUCAUCUUUAUAAUUUUUCUUUUAAGAACAAAACAGUAGCUCAGUUAAAGAAAUCCUCUGUUACUGAUUGAGACAGAGUAGAGGAAACAGACAUUGUUGUAUAUCAUUGUCAGCUUAAGUUACAGUGGAACUCUCUGGAUGGAGGAAGGAUUUACCUACAGCUCCAGCUUUUAAAUGAGCAUUCCUUAGGAUUUCAUUCUAAGCAAGUUCCACUUAAUGCCAGACCAGGCAAUUUUAUCUAUUUACACUACUAGCCUGGUUUCCUCCUGUACAGUCAAAACAAGCAUCGGAAGAUAGUUCAAAAGCAAAAACCAAGGUGCAUGAUUGACAUUCAUUUAUUUCAAAUGCUAAGUAGUUUAAACAGGCCAGCUUGGAAAUAGGUAUUAAAUCCCAGUCCACUGCAAUCAACUAUAAAAUAUGAAUGCAUGUGGCAAAUUCACCUUUUAGAAGUCAGCAUAAUAUAAUUGCAACUCAACCCCUACAAUGGGGAAUGAGGAAUUUUAAACUGACCAUUUGACUACAGUUAUCAAAAAACUUAAAUGAAAAUAAAGGCAGUUGACUGGUCCAAGAUGUAAUGCCAAUCAGUCAGCACCUGUGGUUCUUAUAUUUCUGGUUUCUUUUGUUUUAAUAAAUUUUAGCCUGGCUUUUGUGAGUCAUUAUCUCUGCAGCAGCAGGGGCAGGGCCUGUACUUCCUUACCAGUAACCGGCGUCCUUACGUCUGCCCCAAGAGCAGGGAUGUAAGCUGUGUCCACAUGGCUUCUGAAUUCUAGAGACUCAUCGGUUUGAGGCAAGGAAUCAUUAAAAACCACUUUGUCUCCUUUGGGAGAAUGACAUGUCUUCAAUAUUUACGUAGCUUAUUCUUCUAUAUAUACAUAUGCAAAGCUUUCCUUAACAGUAAAGGGUACAUAUGCAUAGUGGGAGGAGAUCAUACCUUUACAGGUGAAGGAAAGCAACUUCAGAAAUGAAUUAUUUUCUUUGCUUUAUUAUUUUUACCAAGACAGAGAAGUAUUGUAUUGAGAGAUAUCUAUUUUCAUAAUCAAUAUGUGCCUAAAUUAUAUUUAAAUCAUUUCACUCUGUACUAUAUUUUGAAUAAUUAUAGAAUGUGUUGUUCAUCCACUUAAGGGUACCUCUGUAGACAUAACCUAAAGCUGCAGAAGAAUCUGAAAGAUCCAAACAUGAUAUGCUUGGAAAUACAGAUUUUGGAUCUAAUGUAUACUGCAUUAAUAAAUGAUGUGAAAUGUUGAAAA